UCGUCACUGUCUUAAUGUCUAUCUGCUUACUCGAUUUUCAUUUUUAGGUAGACGCAAAAAAGCUACUAUCCUCAGAUUUCUCGCCCUUUGAGCUUACGAGUUACCUACGCGUCCUCCCUGUCCGUUUCAGGCUCCGAUAUAAAGCCUGAACACGUGAGCUUCCUCGAAGACGAUUCGGACUCGGUAGGCUAUCGAAUACGGAACGAAGAAUAUCCAAGAUCUACUAAGCUCUCUCAAAAAUUGGGUGCCCGCCGUACCAUCAACACCGAACCCAAAGUGUGGGACACAACUCUACUGGUUCAGCUUUAGACCAAUCAACAGUCUCGGUUCCAGAGGUACAGUGCUUUCACAGCAUUGGUGAAUUUUAUCUGAAACUUGGAAGAAAAGUAAAGGCAUCCGAAAAGUACCAAAUCUCAUCUUGAGCACCGUUCAACGGUCCAAAAUGGCUCCUAAAACCAUAACAAUCAUUGGUUCUCUAAACACCGACCUUGUCACCCUUACUCCUCGAGUCCCAUCCGGCGGCGAGACUUUAACGGCAACAUCGUUCAGCACUGGACCAGGCGGCAAAGGAGCCAAUCAAGCAGUAGCAUGUGCUCGACUUUCGCGUCCUAAUCCAAGAGGAACAGCUUCCCCGAUAACUCAAGAUGUUGCGGUAAAGAUGGUAGGCGCGGUAGGAGCUGAUGCAUUUGGGACCCGCCUCAUCUCUGGUAUGAAAGAAGACGACAUCGACACCUCUGGGAUCCGAGUAGUGGAAGGCAAAAGCACAGGAGUGGCUGUAAUCUUAGUUGAGGAAUCAAGCGGCGAGAACAGAAUCUUGCUUUCCAAUGGAGCAAACCACUCCCUCCAACCCUCAGACUUCCUCACACCAGAGUCCCUAGGAACGCCAUUACCAGAUCUUAUCAUCCUACAGCUCGAAAUCCCACUGGAUACCGUACUACAAAUCCUCGAAACAGCACGAAAGGCAGGAGUUGACGUGCUGCUCAACCCAGCGCCAGCUGUCAAGCUACCAGAUCACAUCUACUCAGCCGUUACUCACCUAAUAGUCAACGAAAGCGAAGCUGCGCUCCUCACCUCCCGCUCUGUAUCUUCCGUCGAAGCUUCAGACUUCCCCUGGGAUACCGUGACCUCCGAAUUUCUCCAAAAAGGCGUCAAGAACGUGAUCGUCACCCUGGGAUCCAAAGGUGCAUUCUUCGCCAGUUCGGGGCAAGAGAAAGGGGACUUUGUACCAGCGGCAAAGGUAAAGAAGGUAGUUGAUACGACGGCGGCGGGAGAUACGUUUGUGGGUGCUUAUGCAGUCAAUGUUGUGAGGGGAAAUGUGGAUUUGGGAAGUGUGGUGAGGUUGGCUUGCAAAGCAGCUGGGAGGACGGUGGAGAAGGAGGGUGCUCAGAGUGCGAUUCCAUGGGCAGAUGAGGUUGAUUGAUUAUGAGACUGAAAAAUUCAAGAAUAGCAAAAAAUAAUAAACUUCGGACGUGUUUCCAAAGCACGAUGAUUUGAC